AUCCGUCGCAGGCCGUUCCCCUCACGCAUACGCAUAUUGCGUUAAUUAGAUCGAGCUGCGUGAGGCUCAACACCAGUAUGGAUCGCCCGAAGCACCGGUAUCGACACCUAUAUCUUCAUCUGCGUUCCGCUACGGUCAACAGUGUCUCUACUCAAAGCAAAUUCUUAAAACUUGAACAUGGCCCGUCUUUGGCUCGUUUCGGCCGUUCUGGCACUGGGGCAGCUGGCUUCCAGCGACAGGUAUCCCGACUGUGUCAAUGGGCCAUUGGCUGGCAACGAUGUCUGCAACAUGGAACUCGAUCCAUCUGAACGUGCAGAGGCACUCGUCGCUGCAAUGACCAUUGAGGAGAAAUUGGCCAAUAUGGUGGAUCACAGUCAAGGGGCGGAGCGACUGGGUCUUCCCAAGUACGACUGGUGGAACGAAGCUCUCCAUGGAGUCGCUGGAUCUCCAGGUGUUCGUUUCGCAAGUUCUGGAAACUUUUCUUCAGCAACAUCGUUUCCGCUUCCAAUCACCAUCUCUGCCGCCUUCGAUGACGGCCUCGUGCAAGCUGUGGGCCAAGCAAUUGGAACGGAGGCUCGCGCAUAUGCGAAUGCCGGACGUGCUGGUCUGGAUUUCUGGACGCCAAACAUCAAUCCUUUCAAAGACCCUCGAUGGGGUCGCGGUCUGGAAACACCUGGUGAAGACCCUUUCAGGAUUUCGAAAUACGUGGAAGCAUUGUUGAAGGGCAUGGAAUGGUCUGGCAAAGACCCCGGUCCAGGCGACAAGCGACAGGUUCUUGCAACAUGCAAACACUACGCUGCAUACGAUCUCGAGCGCUGGAACGGUGUAGUGCGGUAUUCAUUCGAUGCGAUUGUCUCGAUGCAGGACUUGGUAGAGUACUAUCUACCACCAUUCAAGCAGUGCGCUCGAGACUCCAACGUUGCCUCCAUUAUGUGCAGCUAUAACAGCGUCAAUGGUACCCCGGCUUGUGCGAACGACUAUUUGAUGACCACCGUGCUCCGGGAACACUGGAACUGGACCAGCGACAACAAUUAUGUUGUGAGCGACUGCAACGCAGUGCACAACAUAUAUGCCGACCACAAGUGGGUCAAGACGGCAGCCGAGGCAGCCGGCAAAGCUUUCACCGCUGGAACCGACAAUGUAUGCGAAGCUGGGGGCUGGACGACUGAUGUUGUAGGAGCUUUCAAUCAGUCGCUCGUCAGCGAAGAGGUCAUCGAUCGAGCAUUACGUCGUCAAUAUGAAGGGUUGAUACGUGCAGACUACUUCGCCGUGUUCCGCGAUGAAGUAGUGGGCCCACGUUCGUACGGCCCGGAAAAAGUAAAUACGAAGUCUGCACAAUCACUAGCUCUCCAAGCGGCAGUCGAAGGUACAGUACUUCUGAAAAAUGACGGAACUCUUCCCAUCAAGUUGGCAAAGAACCAAAGCGUUGCAGUUAUAGGAUUCUGGGCAAAUGAUACCUCCGGCGUCGCCAUGCUAGGGAACUACUUUGGUAAACCAGCAGAAUAUCGAACACCGCUCUGGGCAGCACAGGAUGCCGGCCUCCAGGUGAACUAUGCGACUGGUCCAGCAUCAGGCACAGCGAAUUACAGUGCCGCAAUACAAGCAGCACGAGAUUCCGAUAUCGUGGUCUACUUCGGCGGUAUCAGUACGGCCUUUGAAACAGAAGACAAGGACCGAACCGUGAUCGCGUGGCCGGAAGUACAACAAACACUCCUGCGUGAACUCAGCGCUUUGGGGAAGAAAAUUGUCGUAGUUCAGCUAGGGACAUCCGUCGACAACACCCCGCUCCUCUUAAAUGAACACGUCAAUUCCGUGCUCUGGGUUGGCUACCCUGGAAUGUACGGGGGCCCAGCCGCGUGGAACAUAAUCACCGGUAAGACAGCGCCCGCUGGCCGUCUUCCCAUCACCCAAUACCCCGCGAACUACACUGCGCAGGUUCCAAUGACGGAUAUGUCGCUCCGACCCAGCAGCAAGAACCCCGGACGCACGUACAAAUGGUACUCUCAAGCGGUACAAGAGUUCGGCUUUGGGCUGCACUACGUAAAUUUUACCGUACGAUUCGACUCCCGCUACGCCAACCAUAGGUACCCGUCCACCCAACACUUUGCUGGAUGCUCUUUUACUUCCCGUAAAGACCGCUGUCCGUUUCCCUCUCAUGUCGUUCAAGUCAAGAACAACGGCAAUGUAACAUCCGACUUUGUCGCUCUAGCUUUCGUAACUACAACAGCUGGACCUACCCCUCAUCCAAUCAAGGAACUGGCUUCGUACAAACGUCUGACUAAUAUCAAGCCUGGAGAAGAGAGAUCGGUGCCGUUAGGUUUCACGGUUGGCAAUCUCGCAAGAGUGAAUGAGCGCGGCGACACAGUACUGUAUGAGGGUGAGUACUGUUUGGUGCUUGACGUGCCGCAACAGGACAAAACUUGUUUCAAGCUCACUGGUGGAGACGUGGUGUUGGAUGUUUGGCCGCAGCCGAAGGUCGGGAACGCUACUCUUGUUCGCUAGAAACAGACGGUUUCUCCUCAGAGACGUUGGUAAAGAUUGAUUCUGUCAAAAUCGCUCGAGGCCGAUCGUUCGAUUCCGGCAGAUUCAUAGUGAACGCAAAAACGCUGGUGUAAAUCUCCAUCUCGAAGCAGCUUUGAUCGGCAUUUCGUUUUCGAGCGCGCCAACCAGAAUUUUGCGGUUCAUUUUAUUAAUGUGUGGACAUAAUCCGGUGGCGUGGGUGUACCUUAAUAUGUGGAAAUCUUUACCGGCCUUAGCACCUCCCUUGGCUAAUGCGCAUGGAUGAAUGGAUAUCCACUUCAAGGUGGGAUCGUCAUUGUCCAUCUGGGAAGCGAUACCGGAAUCUAAGCUUAU